UUUAGUACAUAUUCGGUCGUCGGUGCAACAAGACGACGCUUCUUCGCUGCUGUGGCGUGGUUGCCGCCAUGAGAAAGAGUGAAAAAAGCCAGCGACAGCAGCAACUACAAAAAGAAAGUGGAGUAAGUGCCCCCUAUCGCUCUACCGAUACACCCGCUGCAGCGCCAGCGUCAGAGCCAGUGAGUGGUGCAUUUACGCAGCUGCAAAUAGUAGUGUACGCCGGCUGUAUCUAACGCGUUCGUUGAACUCGAAGUCGAAAACAACUGCGACAGUGCUUGCAGCACUGCACACAAGCACGAAAGAAGUUUUUGACUAUUAUUUACCCCGCUUCUGGGUGACACGAGCAAAGACAAUUAUUGAAUCGAUUUCUGGGUCAGCCAAGACAGUUGUUAUCAGAGACCUUUGGUUGAAAAGUUUUGUAUUAUUUAAAAACAUAAGGAUUUAUUUACAUACCUAAUCUUUUAUAUACAUGUACGUGAAAUUAAUUCGUUGGACUCUUGAUGCAUGUAUCACAGUUCAAUAUUCUCGCUUCAGUACAUUUUACAUGCACCAUUACUCACAGCACCGGCCAAAAUGAUUUGCCGGCGAGUCGCAUAUUGUAUACCCUAGACAAGCAAGAAAAAACGUCUUGCUAUGAGCAGCAUAAUACGGCAUUCGCAAGACGCUAAACGAAACUGAUUUAAACGGUAUCAAAAAGUGGCGCCAAUGGUGAGGCCGACUCACAAUUAAAUUUGUAUUCAUAGACUGACGCUUUCAACAGAUAAAGCGGUUCGGUUGCCAAAACAUGAGACCCGCAAUCAGUCAAAGUAAAAAGAAGAUAAAGAGUGAAUAAUAACGUAAAGAUUGCGCAUCCGUACUGUCCGCCCGACCGCCUUAAAUCUAGUGCCGAUCCAAACUUCCGCUAUGGGUUCACCCACUCGCUGAUAACGCACGAAUUUCUCAGAAAGUUCUGUAGUGUUGAAGCUGCAUCGGAAUAAUUGCAAAUCGACUGCCCAGUUUCGGUUUGUAUUGCCUUUACUCAGCAGCUCGCCAUGCCACUUGCUCUUCCCCCAUUCCCUGACUGGGUCGGCAUAUACCCGGACCGUCAGAUCUCCGGGCCGUCGUUGAAGUCAGACGACUAGUCAUUCGGUCAGAACUCGAGCAGGCUGUCAGUCGUGCAUGUACUGUGUACUGCUUUCCAUCAAUUGAAAAUCUGAGUUUGUUUUCGGGCUGCGCUCAGAGACUACGAUCGCGCAUUUCGUAGGGUAAAUGAAAUUAAUUUAAAAAGUUCUUCGGUCAGUUCGGAAUUUGUUUCCAGAACGAAGGGAGGGCGCUUUCCGUGGUCCCAGAUACGCGUAAGUAAUUUUUAGAAAUGCAAAUUACCGCUUUUAAUUAACUUGAAUUGAGGUAGCAAGCAAACGACACAUGAGUUGAUGAUGAGUUUAUCAAACUGGUUUAAGCCAAAAAAACGUACUGCCUUCUCUUGUACUGUUAACCAAUUAAUUUCUAGUGUAUAGUGCAAAUAAAACUGCGCCUUAAAACGAGGAUUCCAGAUUUCGAACGAGCACCUUAAAAGGUUAUCUUUAAAAGCAAAGCAUUAUGUGAACGGUAAACAGAUCAAUUCUUAUAAGCGAUUUUAGUGCGAAGUGAAAUUAUUGAAUUUCUUAUCAAAAAAUCACCAUUUUCCUUCUCAAGGAGCAAUGACAUCGAUUCAAAACAACAACGAAGUCUAGAAAUAUUAAAAUGGAAACUGCCAGCAGCGUAAAAGGCAGUACAACCUCCCAAAUCAGCUCCCUUCAAUAUAGCAGCGACAUUAACGCCGAUAGCCUCGAGCCCGAUCAAUCUGAGGACUUUCAAACAGUCCUCGGCCUCAAGUAUUUGCCAUCCUGGCCAGCGGUAAAUUUGCAGUUUUCGGAACUAUGUUAUGUGGUUCCCGACCAGACCAAUGCUUCAAAAACAAAGACGAUUUUGCGGAGAGUCAAUGGAAUGUUUCACUCUCACGAACUUACUGCGAUUAUAGGGCCUUCAGGCGCUGGUAAAACCACACUGCUAAACCUGCUGGCGGGCUUUGGCGCCGUGUGCGAAUCCGGCGAGAUUUUGGUAAACAACAGUCCGCGAGAUAUGCGAGUCUUUCGCAAAAUGUCUCGAUAUAUAAUGCAGACUGAUGUCCUGGACUCACAGUUUACCGUACUAGAAAUGAUGAUUUUGGCGGCAAACUUGAAGUUGGGAAAAGAACUAAAUUUAAAACAAAAGCUAGAAGUGAUUGACGAAAUUUUGGGAAUGUUGCGCCUAAAAGACACCCUAAACACCAUGGCUCAAAAGCUAUCUGGGGGUGAGCGAAAGCGUUUAUGCAUUGCCCUUGAGCUGGUCAACAACCCACCUGUCAUCUUUCUAGAUGAACCUACAACUGGUUUAGACGAUUUAUCGAGUUCACAAUGCAUUGCCCUACUCAAAGUUUUGGCCGCCGGGGGGCGCACUGUGAUCUGCUCCAUCCAUACGCCAUCUGCCAAGAUCUUCGAGAUGCUCGAUGCAGUCUACGUUCUAGCCGAAGGCCAGUGCGUCUACCAAGGAAAGGGGUCCAACAUUGUACCUUUCUUGAAGAACUUUGGGCUUUGUUGUCCAAUAACCUACAACCCGGCUGACUUCAUUAUCGAAGUUGCUUGCCUUGAGUAUGGCGGGUCCUAUCACGAGCCAAUGGUAGAAGCCGUGGGCAACGGCAAAGUUGCGCGAUGGAGUCCUCCAGCAGUGGAAGGUGAAACAACAACAACCAAAACCGACACCACAUCGGGGGCAUCGUCGUUUUACGAAAGGGAUCAGUUUGACGAAGAGAUUAGCCCAAAACUUUUGGAGGCCAAAUGUAGCUGGUGGCUACAGUACAAGCUAUUGCUUGUGCGUAUGCUAAUCCAAAUGUGGAGAGAUAAGUCGUACAUCAAGCUUAAGUUCUACAUGAACAUCGUUCUUGCUUUACUGGUGGGUUCGCUCUACUUUGGUAUGGGAACCUCGGCCUCUAAAGCGCUUUUUAACUUCGGUUUCAUGUUCACCAUUGUGAUAGCAUACCUCUACCUUCCUAUGAUGCCUGUGCUCUUAUAUUUUCCCACGGAAAUCAAUCUGUUAAAAAGGGAGUACAACAACCAGUGGUACCGUCUGAGCUCCUACUACGCAGCAAUGGUUACCUCAAAGCUACCAUCUAUGUUUAUUUUGGCCGUUAUUUAUCUAUCCAUUGUGUACUUAAUGUCCAGCCAACCACUUGAAUGGUUCCGCUUUGCCAUGCUAUUUACAAUAGCUUUCGUAACGGCCCUAACUUCCGACAGUUUUGGCUUGUUGAUCUCCAGUAGACUGAGCUUAGUGAAUGCAAUGUUCAUGGGGCCAGUUCUCGCCGUGCCGCUGAUCCUGCUUUCCAUUUACGGCAUUGGGUAUGGCGGAGGAACAUACAUAUCCCCUCUUAUGAGGUUUCUCAUGCAUCUUAGCUACCUUCGCCAUAGUAUGGAAGGCCUAGUCGCAUCCUUGUACGACUACGGACGCGCCGACACAAUUUGCGAAGACACGGAAAUCUUUUGCUCAUUUAAAAAGUCGAAAGUUUUGUUAGCCUUUUUAGGAUUCGAAAACAUGCACUAUUUGUGGUCUCUAUCUUGCUUGAUGAGUUUUUAUUUGCUGUUCACCGUAGCAGCAUACUUUAUGAUUAGACUGCGACUGAAACACUCCGAGGUCAGCCCCAUUUUUGCAUAUGUCAUACAGCUGUUAACGAAAUAUUUUAACUUUACUUCGUACAAUUACUAACAUUAACAACAUGGGCGGUUUGACCUCGGUGCUAGAAAAAUUAUUUUAAGCGGUAUUUCAGGGGACAGUCUUAACCUCCCAUAUUAUUUAUGGGCUUCAAUAAUAUUAAUAAACUAUCAAAGUGAUAUUGGAUUCUGAAUAAAAGUUUAUGAUCAAGAAUACAAAUAUAAUCAAGGGAACAAUAAAUUACUAUAAUUCGAUCAUAUUGUUAACAAGGCAGAAGAAACACUACGAAUAAAUUAUUAAGUACGC